UCCUGGAAGGGGAUCACAAUCCAUAGUUUGCGCAUCACUGAAGCAAAGGGCUAUUUUAUAUCUAAUAGUUCAGUUAGAAUGGUGGGGUAAAAUCAAAAAUAGUAGUGGGAGUAAAACUGUGUAUAAGUGAUGAGUAAAAGUCACGAUUGCAAGCAGCUCAGUCUCCCUUCAUGCCCGAAGAAACUCUCAGCUGCUAGCAGCAUGCUUCGACACAAGAUUAUCACGUGUCUCCUUGUCUUAUUUCUAUUUAAUCAUAGUUUCGGGAGAAGACGUUCUAAGUGCCAAAAUAAAAUAGAAGAUCCUCACUACUUCGACAUUCUAAUUUUCACUCAACACUGGCCGCAAACAGUGUGUUACUUAUGGAAGGAAAAAUCGGAGUCGCAUGCCUGCGCGUUGCCCAAGGACGAUGAAUGGUCUAUUCAUGGUAUAUGGCCAACGAAGUAUCACAGCGAAGGUCCAAAUUUCUGUAACAAUUCCUUGCCAUUUAACGCGAGCACUCUGAAGCCAAUAAAAAAUGAAUUGGAAACAAAAUGGAUCGAUGUACAAAAUGAAAAGGAUACGUAUUCCCUUUGGCGUCACGAAUGGAACAAGCAUGGUACUUGUGCUGCUGUACUUCCAACUUUGAAUAGUGAACUAAAAUAUUUUGAAAAAGGACUUCAACUCUUGGACGUUUAUGAUAUGAAAAAUGUUCUUGGAAAAGUAAACAUCGUACCUGGUCGCAGUUACUCGGUACAAGAUAUUUUAAACGGAAUUAAAAAAAUUAUAGGUAAAACAGCAGAAAUAGUAUGUGCGCAUAACGAGGAAAAAGAAGAAGAAUAUAUUUUCGAAAUUAGGAUCUGCUUCGAUAAGACUUUACAAUUGAUCGAUUGCGAUAACAUUAGUGGAUAUCCUGCUACUACUUGUAGAGAUUCUACGCAAGUUAUAUAUCCUGGUAUUGUACCGUCAUUUUAUAACGUUAUACAAAUAUAAAAGUAAUUUUUGCUAAAUAUAUAGCAAUUUUCAAAGACGAUCUUCGAAAACUAUGGAUGGAACUAUUAUAAUGUAAAAAUGGAAAUUCAGCCUAGACUGCAACUUAGAAAUUAUUAAUUAAAAUUUCUUAUAAUGUAUGUGUGUGUGUGUGUGUGUGUGUGCCGUAUAUACUGUAUGUACCAUAUAUCAUAAAUCAUGAAAUUAUUAAUACGAAUUAUACAAAUUAUUGGAUCAUUGUAUAAGAAAAGGCAUAAUAUUUUUAUGUGAUUUACAAUAAAAUACGUAUACAUUA